CCUUACUUAUUUAGAUCUGUACUUCCCAGUCCUAAAAAACUACUGCUUCCAUUCAAGCUUACCUUUACCAUUGUUUUAAUCUUUUUCUUCCUAACGUCCGUAAUUAGUUUCUCUUUAAUCUAAGAGUGAGAGUUUAUUUUGCUACAUUUAAUGAAUCAACAACCAAAACAAGAUAAUCAUUGUACGGAUAUAUUCAUCUUCGAUUUCAUCCAGUUUUGUUUCGUUUUGUCUUCCAAAUGAAGAUUCGAUCUUUGGAGUUCUGCUGUUCUUACUCUCUCUAAAGCCCCGCCCCCCCUUCUUUCUUCUCUUAUACUUUUUAAAACUCUUUCCUCUAUGGCCAAUGGAGGCGUCGAUUUCAAGUGGUAUGAUGGGUUCUUUUUGUCUAUGAUAGCUACAAGCGUAAUCAUUGUCGCAAUCAAUUGGAAGCGUUAUCAUCUUUGUACGUACCCGUUGCAUAUAUGGAUCGUGGUUGAUUACACUACGGUGUUCCUUUUUCGUCUUUUGAUGUUUGUAGAUAAUGGACUUGCCGCUGGAAUGGGUUUGGAUUUUGGAUGGCAGCAAAGGUAUGCUCGUUUUUGUGGAAGAAUAGUGGUUCUUUCAAUUCUAUCUCUGCUACUUUAUCCAUUUCUUUGGGCCUGGACUAUAAUAGGCACUUUAUGGUUCACCAGCGCAAGGAACUGUUUGCCUGAAGAAGGUCAGAAAUAUGGUUUCCUGAUUUGGCUGCUUUUCAGUUACUGUGCACUGCUCUGCAUUGCUUGUAUGUCUAUGGGAAAGUGGAUGACACGGAGACAAGCACACUUAUUACGUGCUCAGCAGGGAAUUCCUAUUUCAGAAUAUGGGGUUUUGGUGGACAUGAUUCGAGUACCAGAUUGGGCAUUUGAAGCUGCAGGUCAAGAGAUGAGAAGCAUGGGCCAAGAUACAGCAUCAUACCAUCCUGGACUUUAUUUGACUCCAGCUCAGAGAGAAGCAGUGGAGGCACUCAUUCAAGAACUUCCAAAAUUCAGGUUGAAGGCUGUUCCAACUGAUUGCAGUGAAUGUCCGAUCUGCUUGGAAGAGUUCCAUAUAGGGAACGAGGUUCGUGGCUUGCCUUGUGCACACAAUUUUCAUGUAGGGUGCAUUGACGAGUGGCUUAGACUGAAUGUGAAAUGUCCUCGUUGCCGAUGUUCUGUGUUCCCAAAUCUUGACCUCAGUGCCUUAUCCAAUCUCCGAAGUGCUGACACUGAGCGAUCAUCUGCCAGUGUAGUAACAACAACCCAAUAUGUGAGAACUCAGCCUCUUAGCCAGAGCUAUUUAUUGAGAUUUCAAGGUCUGCUCCGCCCAGUCCGAACAGGCAAUGCUGGGGCACCUAUUGAUGCAGAUGUUGCUUUAGAAACUGCUGAGAAUGGAGGCUUGAAUGUGGCACCUCACGAUUCUACAGGCACCGAAACUGUACCAGGACAUGGGCUUGGUGGUCUCUCCAUUCCACCACAACACUGAACUUUUUCUUGAAUUUUUGCUGACCAUUUUUGCUACAUUUUUCUAACCUCUAGCUGAAAGAGGCUCUAGAUGAUGAUGUUAGUCCAUGGCCAUUGCUAAACACUUGCACUUGUUGCUCACUGUUAAAAAAAGUUUACAAGUUGACCUACCAUUGUGUCAAGUUCUCUUGAUGCAAAGAGUUGUUAAUUAUGAUCACAUUUGAACCAUAUGUGUUCCAUGUUCUUGGUAAUGUAACGAGCUAUGUUCUCAAGUUACAUGUAGGUAGUGUUUGGUAUAGGGUGAUCACUCUAAAAAUCAUGAUGAUUUGCACAUAGUAAUUAGCUCAAUAUGUUUAGUAAGCAUUUGGUGAUUCUAUGUGACAGUGAACUUGGAUCAUUGAGAGUGAUCAAAUUAUUGCUUUAGAGGGUGAUUUAAUUCUCAUAUAAAAUGAUGAGAAAUUUUUAUCAUCAAAAUGAAGUGAUAUA